AGACAACAAACAUCAAGGUUAACUAUCCACCUACGGAAGUGGCCACGGCAGAGUAAAGACAUUCAUUAGGGGAAAAUGUCACCCACUUACGGAUAAUUCUCAAUGAGCUAGCAAACACCGUUUUGCUAGGAGAGGCAGAGUUUCCCCUAGAGACACCCUAAUGUCGCAUAUAUAAACCAGUCCUCACCCAGUAGGGCAUUCACCCUCGGAGCAACACUCCCGCGUAAGCACAAUGUCCGUUCGCUUCUCCUCCGCAUCCAGACGGCUGGGCUCCGUGAGGCUUUCCGGCACCGGAGCUGCCUUGGGGGCUGGAAAUGCGUGCGGAGUGCCAGGCAUCGGAAGUGGUUUCUCCUGCGCCUUUGGAGGCAGUUCCUCGGCAGGAGGGUUCGGUCUGGGCAGUGCUUCUUGUGGGGCCUUUACAACGAACGAGCAUGGGCUCCUGUCAGGCAAUGAGAAGGUGACCAUGCAGAACCUCAACGACCGCCUGGCCUCCUACCUGGAGAAUGUACAAGCCCUAGAAGAGGCCAACGCUGACCUGGAGCAGAAGAUCAAGGACUGGUAUGAAAAAUUUGGACCUGGUUCAUGCCGUGGUCUGGAUAAUGACUACAGUAGAUACUUCCCCAUCAUUGAUGACCUCAGAUCCCAGAUCAUCUCCGCCACCGCAAACAACGCCAACAUCGUCCUGCAAAACGACAACGCGAGACUGACGGCUGAUGACUUCAGAAUGAAGUACGAAAGUGAACUGGCGCUUCACCAGAGUGUGGAUGCAGACAUCAAUGGCUUGCGAAGGGUCCUGGAUGAGCUGACCCUGUGCAGAACUGACCUCAAGGUUCAGCUGGAAACACUCACGGAGGAGUUGGCGUACCUCAAGAAGAACCAUGAGGAGGAAAUGCAGGCUCUGCAGUGCGCAGCGGGAGGCAAUGUGAACGUGGAGAUGAACGCGGCCCCUGGUGUGGAUCUCACCGUCCUGCUGAACAACAUGCGAGCCGAAUACGAGGCUCUGGCUGAGCAGAACCGCAGGGACGCCGAGGCUUGGUUCCAGGAAAAGAGCGCCACCCUGCAGCAGCAGAUUUCAAACGAUGCGGGAGCCACCACCUCAGCCAGGAACGAACUUACUGAGAUGAAACGGACCCUCCAAACCCUGGAGAUAGAACUGCAGUCCCUCUUGGCCAUGAAACACUCGCUGGAGUGCUCCCUGACCGAGACCGAGGGCAACUACUGCACACAGCUGGCUCAGAUCCAGGCUCAGAUCAGCGCCCUGGAGGAGCAGCUGCACCAGGUCAGGACCGAGACCGAGGGCCAGAAGCUGGAAUACGAGCAGCUGCUGAAUGUCAAGGCCCACCUGGAGAAGGAGAUCGAGACCUACUGCCGCCUCAUCGACGGAGACGAGGGUUCUUGUGUUAAGUCAAAAGGCCAAGGAGGACCCGGAAAUCAGACAAAGGAGCCAUCUAAAACCGCCAUCGUUAAAACUGUUGUUGAAGAGUUAGAUCCCCGUGGCAAGGUUCUCUCCUCCAGAAUUCAUACCCUGGAAGAAAAAUCUACCAAAGUUAACAAGAAUGAGCAAAGAAAGGAUGUCUUCUUGAACUCCACUGCCUAAAAUGAAGAGCCCUACUUUAAAAUACCAAAUCUAAACGGUUUUCCAAAAUAGGACCCUCUUAUGUUUCUGCUUCUCUCCCAGUGAGUGAAGACAAACCUUUUAGACUAGUGACAUUUCUUUGGCUUUCUCUCUGAUGGUGUUUCAAUAAAUGUCUUCCUGUUGCAAG